UCUGAAUGUUCUGGGACCAGAAACGUCCCAGAAGUGUUUGCUGAAGGUCUUUAAGAUCUGAGCUCAGCUCUGCCUUUAAUUCAUCUGCUUUAUUUCAUAAAGUCUUGAUUUAAUGCUGUUGCUUUUAAUCCCUGACAUCUGCCUGUAAAGUGCUGUGUGUGUGUGUGUGUGUGUGUGUGUGUGUGUGUGUGUGUGAUGAGCUGAAACAGAAAUAAACCUGACAUGAGGUCAGAUGUGUCAGAAGCAGCUAAAGACGUGCGUCCUGGUGGAGGUUCGGGUUGGAGGUUCGGAUGCUGGUGAUCUGUUCGGUGACACAGCAGUUUGAAACUCAGACAUGUUGUUAAAGGAAACAAAUUCUCCAGUUUGACUUCAACUACGUGGACAGAACGUCAUCAGUGACGUGCUUUCGUGUGUGUGUGUGCGUGCGUGACCGCUCACACACACACCACCAGCUCCUCGCUGCCAUUGGUUCGUCCCCGGCCCGCCUCCUGCGAUAGGCGGACGGAGCGCAGCGCAGCGCAGAGGCUGGUACCGCUGAGGAUCCACGGAGAUCCACGCAGAACACUGAGGCACAAACAGCACAACGCUCCGUGGAGAACACACACACUUCACACCUGCGCACACCGUCACAGCCGUCGGGCCGCCGUGAAUCAGGGAGGACGCACUCUGCUGCGUAAAGUUUCCACAUUAGUCACUGUGGGAGGAUCGCCGGUUCCUGCGUGGAUUUCACAGUCUUUGUCUGGAUGAAGGUUUCCCACGGAGCUGCUGGGAGGAUCUCUGUGGACGUGACACGCGCUGUGGAACAUAUGGCUCUGCAGUAGCCGCAUCCAAGCCGCUCUCAUCAUUUAUUCUGCGUUUGAACUCGUCGUCGCGUCGUUUGGUUUUUGACUCUUGAGCACCGCGCAGGUUUCAGGACGCAGCGCGGAUUCAGCCAUGAACUUUGGUGUCAGUUUGGUUCGGGUCGUGUUGGCAGCGGUUCUGCACCUGUCCUCCGUAAAGACUGCCAGCCUGAACAAGGGAGUGGACAAGAGUAAAAAUGAAGUCGUCCCUUUCACCAAUGUCAUCACCAAGAGCAUGUGUCAGCCCAGAGAGGUUCUGGUGGACAUCUUCCAGGAGUAUCCAGAGGAUACGGAGCACACCUACAUCCCCUCCUGCGUGGUCCUCAGCCGCUGUGGAGGCUGCUGCAACGACGAAGCCAUGGAGUGCGUUCCAACAGAAACACGCAACGUCACUCUGCAGGUAAUGCGGUUCAGACCGAUGGUAACACAACAUACCGUUCAUUUAAGUUUCACAGAGCAUCAAAAGUGCGAUUGCAGAAUAAAGCCAGAUGUUCAAGCCAAGAAGUCAUACCACUGUGCACCUUGCUCAGAGAGAAGAAAGCGCUUGUUUGUGCAGGACCCUCUCACCUGUCAGUGCUCCUGCAAAUUCACUCAGUUAGACUGCAGGUCCAGGCAGCUUGAGUUAAACGAAAGAACUUGCAGAUGUGACACGCCAAGAAGAUGAGACCUGGAACACUGUUAUGAAGGAAUUCUUUUCUUGGAACAGCACUUUGAAAUCUGAGGAUGCAUUCCCUGCAAGGACACACCGACAACGCAAGACAGGACAUUCUGGAUGCACAUCUGGACAUGGCCUGUUUUCCGACUAAAGAUAUUAAUAUAUAUACGUACUUUUACUUUUACGUACAAUGUUCUGCUGCUACAUCGAAAAACAUAUUUAAAGUGACACGAAUGCGCUGCUGGCGUAUGAAUGGAAAUCUUUCAGUUCUGCUCGUGGACAGAGCUGAGAAAGGACGUUUUAUUAACUCUUCACUGGAUGCUCAUCUGCUGUGGACAUACAAUUCUCAUACUUGGUAUUAACUUCAUUGAGCAGUGCAGCAGAAUCUGAACUUCAAACUCCGACAGAAGCCAGAGGGGACAGAUGGAGGACUUCUCUUUGUACUUGAAGUGAACAGCAGGUCCAAGAAGUGUGUCCCUCAGCCAUGAUGUGAAGUUGUCUCCACUGUACAGCCUGACUCCAGCUGGUGUGAGAACACACCUGAAAAGUUCUCUGCCCAGAGUCCAGUGUCCUGAAGUAACUGUGGGUGCAGGUUCCAUACUGUGGUCAUGAAUAAUGUGAAGCUGAAGGGUUAUGUGACGAUAGCAAGAACCAGACUACAGAUUAAUGAUGAAGUUGUGGGAAGUUUAAAGAUCUCGGUCAAUAUUCAAACUGGA